ACAUUAGACAGGUUUAAGAGCUCGAAUUAAGCACAGCCCCGCAGGAACAUUGACUGGACAUAAAACCAGCAGCAAAACAAACAGAAGUGCAAAGCCAUUUUAAUAACCAAUAUUAAGAGAUUGUUAAAAUUAUAUAAUUUCUCCAACAACUCAAGUCUCAAUUAGCUAACAAUGAACAUCACAAAUCCCACGCAAAUGAUAAUGCUUGGCAGCUGCUGCCUGGCCCUGCUCCUGACCCUCACCGAAGCCCUGCCCCGUUACAGUCGACGCGGAGAUCUCAGACCCGCGGCGAGUCUCUCCAGCUUCGCCUAUGCCCCCAGACCACAGGAGCCCAUGACACUGACAGGAAACUAUAACCUCAUCAUGCCCGACUACUAUGAUCACAAUCCGGCAGCCUCGAUGCAGCUGCAGAACUUUGCCAACUUCUACGAGGCCCAGGUGAGCCCCGGCGCCGACUUGGGCAUGGAUGAGUCCCAGUUUUUGGCCAGCACACCCGUCAGGCCACCACAGCCCCUUUCGGCGGAUGAGAUUCGCAUCCGCCAGCAUGUGCCAUCGGUGGACAUUGGACGUGAGAAGAAGAGUCUGCUCAAGCUGAAGAAGGGCAGCACCCAGCCCCGUGGAGGCGACUACCAGGAGUGGGAUCAGUUCGACUACGAUCUCUACAGCCUCAAUCCCGGCGAGAACAAGAAGUACAAAAACGAUGCCUAGAUUGAUGGCUCUGCAUCGGAAUUGGAAUUGAAAUCUGAAUCAGAAUCGAGGGCCACUUUUAUGGCUCGAGUGUUUAUGAGUUUGUUGCUGUGUUUUUUGUUUUUCUGUUUGUUAAGCGCCAAAAUAAAUUAUUUAUUUAUU